UCUGCAUUCAGUCGGACUGAAGGGAAGUCUGGAGGAAGACAGCCAGUGUUUCCCUGUCUCCUGCACAGAUAUUUUUAAACAUUUAUAUAAUUUCAGAUGAUACUUCAAUGAACAAGCGACUAAAUUACCUGCCUAUGGAUGAAGUUGGAGUUUCCUUCUCGCAGAAUAAACACAAUGUGACCAUGCUGAAGCAGUGACUGUGUUCACCUUCUGCCAUAUCGGAGUACGUUUAUUGGUCGAGGGAAGAGGGACUUAAGAAUGGGGAAACUUCAGUCAAAACAUGCGUGUAAGCGCAGAGAAAACCCUGAAGGAGACAGUUUUGUAGUGAACGCCUUCCUCCGAAAAGGGAUGGAAGAAUGUGAGAGAUACAGCCCGACGGAUCACAAGCUGAAGAGCAUGCAGGAGUUUCCAAAUGGAAGUCUGAAGCAAAGACAAUUCACAGAUCAACACUGUCCCCUAGAGGUGGUUCUUCCUCCAGAGAAGGCUGAGGGCUGUGAAAGCUACCUGCAGUACCUGCACUCAGAGGACGGGGUGCGGGAGAUACUGAGAGAUUCAAACAAAGCUCCGGGGAAGAAACGCAUCAGUCUGGAUGACUUGGAGUGUGACGUUUCCGUGGAGGAUGACAACCGCCAGGAGUGGAUCUUCACACUUUAUGACUUUGACAACAGUGGGAAAGUCACUAAGGAUGACAUGUCCAGUCUGAUGCACACCAUCUAUGAUGUGGUGGAUGCCUCAGUGAAUCACUCCUGCCAUAAUAAGAGCAAGACUCUGCGUGUCAAACUGACCGUCACUCCAGAACCUAGGUCCCACAGAAGAGAAACAGGAACAGAUCGCUGUCACCAGGAAGAGGGGCGAUCAGCUGACAAGCGGCUAUCCUCCUAUGUCAGCAGCAAAGGGCAAAGCAAUGAGGCGCCGGCCACCGAGGGUCAGCAUUACUGUGUGGAUGAGAACACAGAGAGGAGGAAUCACUACCUGGACCUGGCCGGCAUAGAGAACUACACAUCCAGAUUUGAAGGAACCACCCCUCCCCAGGAGACCCACGUUCGGACCUCCCAGAGCCAGAGCCGCUCACGCUCCCAGGAACCAGAACCCCAAGUUAUCCACCAUCGCCGCUCACAGGUCAUCGGGGAUAGCUACAACCCUGCGGAGUCUCGAAGCAAAGGCACACAUUUUGUGAAAUCUCCCAAAGGAACCUACAAGGGGGGGAAUAACGGGGGCAGCGGUGGCAAAUCCACUAAAUGUCACGGCCACCACCCACCUGUGGAAAGGAUGUUACACAGCGGCAACGCAGCAGCACACGGGGGGCAGGAUGUGUACCACCUGCCACACCAAGGCCAAUCCUCCGGCCACCACCAGCACCCUUUGCAAUACAGUCACAGCAAACGUCUUAGGGCAAAAGCCCGAGAAGCCAUGUCCCCAUCCAAAGCCCCGCUGUCCCCUCAGUCCCACCCCCAGCAGCAGCCCCCCACACUGGAGAGAGAGCAGGUGUCGGGUCCACCUGGGAGCCCGGGGUUUGUGGUUCCCGUAGUCCAGCGUCACGAGCACCACCAUCACCAUGAACAUCACCACCACCACCACUACCACCAUUACCAUCAGACAUGACCGCGUUCAGCGUGCAGUGACUGAAACUGUUCAGGACCAACCACAAACCAACCACACCAGUCUGAAGGACUUAACGGUCAUCCCACAGGAGUGUCUCACGCUCUGUCCAGGAUCUUUUUACUAUCCUUUUGCAAGCUAAACAGAUAUAUGCUGAGAUUAGAUGUACUGGGGAAUCUUGUAGUGCGAUAGCUGAUGAUAUUGGACCAGAAGGAUAUUUUUUCUGAAGUUAUUGUGUUAUAACAAAAGAUGUGUGGCACAAAUUUGAAGUUUUUGUAGAUUUUGUGCUGGGACUGCUGCGACUGUACCGAUGUUCGGUAAGGGCGCAGGUGACAGAAAGGAACAGAUCACAGGACUUUUGACGAGACAUCCUUUCCCUCCUGAUGCUGUGGGUAGAAGUCCCUGGAAGCUAUAUGUCAGAGUAGGUGUGUCGUUCUGUGUGAGACCUUUCCAAAACAUGGAUCUCAGGUGUAAAGGUGCUGCUGCUCUCAAGCUAUUCACAGAGGCUGCUUCCUCUCGGAGGCCUGACGUGGACUGAGGGGUUUCCUGUUAGGGGGGAGGGAAGUAAAAAAUCACCACUGCUAGUUUUAAUGCAAAGUAUCUUGCUAUAUGUAUAAAAAAUCUAUAUAUGUAAACACAUUUUACUGUAUAAUUAUUAUACUGUAUAUGCAUAUUUCAUCAUGGAUAUAAUUAUGCAUAUAUGUGUUUUGUCUUUUAUAUAUUUUAAUAAACGUUAUAUAGUUCAUUUAUAUUAUUUCAGCAACAGUUUGUUUAUUUCUGAUCAUAAUACACUCCUUAUAAUGGCGUGUCUGCUGCUGUUGUGCUGUGUGGAUAGAAACAACACCUCAAAACCAAUCAGUUUUAUGUUUUUGGUAAAGACUUUCACAUGAAUAAAGAAUGUAUAUGGUAAUUCAAACCAAACUUUGCUACAAAAGUAGAUACAAAAAAAAUAUUGUUUUGGUUUUCUGGCUAUUUAACAGAAUGGAAAUAUUUGGAAUCAAGGCUGGAGUUUUUCAGAUUAUUAAAUAAAUUAAAACAGCCUGUGA